AUGACCUUUAGUGAGAAGCCAACGACUAUAGAGUCAGAAUCAGAAAAAUCAAAGGAGUCAGAGAAGCCAGCUGAAGAGGCGGUGGUUAAGCAACCCCUACCAUUGGUUGCGAGGCCACCACCUCCAUUCGUUCAAAGAUUGCAGAAAGUGAAGGAUAAUGUCGCGUAUAAAAAGUUUCAUGAUAUUUUGAAGCAAGUGCAGAUCAAUAUUCCACUGGUAGACAUCCUGCAAGAAGUGUCCAAAUAUGCAAAAUACAUCAAGUACAUAGUGGCAAAUAAAAGGAGGUUGACCGAAUUCGAGACUGUGGCGCUCACUGAGCGAGCUUUGUGUGAUCUUGGAGCGAACAUCAAUUUGAUGCCACUAUCUGUGUUGAGACAGUUGGGUUUGGGUGAGCCGCGCCCAACAACGCUAAUCUUACAGUUGGCUGAUCGCUCCCCUGCUCAUCCUAAAGGAGUGAUUGAAGAUGUGUUAGUUCAAGUGGGAAAGAUGACGAUGAGAGUUGGUGAUCGAGUGGAAGUAUUCAAUGUGUAUAAAGCACUCAGAUUUCCAGCCCACUAUGAAGAGCUAUCCAUGAUUUCUGUGGUGGAAAGUGAUGCUACGUCAUUGGUGCCUUAUAUGAGCCCUAUAGAUCCUCUUGAAUGA